CCACCAAUUAUGUAACCUGCUCUAGCAACGUUCUAAAACGGAAGUCUCGCGAUACUUUAGGACACAUGGCCGCCUACGGUGUUUACAACUUCUCGCAAUGAGCUGCUGAACUGACAACUAAGUUAUCUACCUCUGAGACCUCGUCUAGUUUUGUAGAAUUUGUUUUCGUCUAAAAUUAAAAACCGCUGAGUGGAAAACAGCGAAGCAUCAACGCUCAGGCGAAGCACAACGCAGGUGGGUGAUGUCAUCAAACCCCGACAGACUCAAUCGUCCACACUGCAGGAAGAAGCACUAUCCUAGUAGCACCUACCUCACCCACGUCUGACAGCACUCUCCCAGCAGGACAAAAAGACACCAGACAGAGGAGGACAGAGACACAGCCAUGUCUGACUCAGCCGGAGGUGGGGAGGGUGGAGGCCUGGCGGGUGCAGACUCUGAAGCAGACAGCGAGCCCCCUCCACAGGCCUCACUGAGACUUUGUGAGUCUGUAGAAGUCGGAGAGACUUCAGAGGAGGGGUUCCCACCUUCUGCCAAACGGUCCAGGAGGAGUGAGGAGGAGCUGGGACAAGAUGCGGUCCCAUCACAAGGUGGUGUGUUAGAAAACCCUGCUGCAUCUGCACAAACAACAAUAGAACAAAGGUGUGAGGAGGAAGAGGGGGCUGGGGAAGACGUGGCAGCAGGUCAUCUGAAUGGAGCCAAAGCUCCUGAUGAUGCAGAGGAAACUGAGACAAAACCAGAAGAGGAGGAGGCGCUCAACGAGAAUGAAUCUGUAGGCAGCCCUGCUGCAGGACAGCACCUGGGUUUGGACUUCACCCAGAACCCCACCAUGCUGACGGGCUCCUGGAACGAGUACUCCAACUUUCCAGAGAAUUACCUCAAAGGCUGCAAAUGGGCUCCUGAUGGCUCCUGUAUCCUAACGAACAGCGCAGACAACGUCCUCCGUGUUUACAACCUCCCGCCAGAGAUCUACAGCUACAGCUGGGACCUCCUCCCUGAGAUGAGUCCGGUUCUGAGGAUGGCUGAAGGAGACACCAUCUACGACUACUGCUGGUACCCCAAGAUGAGCUCGCUGGAGCCGGACACGUGUUUUCUGGCCAGCAGUAGCCGUGACAACCCCGUGCACGUGUGGGACGCCUUCUAUGGCGACGUGAGAGCCAGCUUCCGACCCUACAACCAUCUGGAUGAGCUGACGGCAGCGCACUCGCUCUGCUUCUCGCCAGACGGAGCUCAGCUCUACUGCGGAUUUGAGAAAAUGGUGCGGGUGUUUCACACGGAGCGUCCCGGGAGAGACUGCGAGGAGCGGCCCACCGUAGUGAAGAAACGAGGCCAGAGCGGCAUCAUCUCCUGCUUCAGCUUCAGCCCGUGUCUGUCCGUUUACGCCUGUGGCUCCUACUCCCGCUGCGCCGGGAUCUACUCCUGUCAGGACGGCACCCUGCUGGCUCUACUGCCCACCCACCACCACGGAGGCCUCACCCAUCUCCUCUUCUCCCCCGACGGAAACUACUUGUACACCGGCGGGCGCAAGGAUCCAGAGAUUCUGUGUUGGGACCUGAGAGAGCCGGGGAAAGUUGUGUUUUCCCUGAAGAGGAACGUGGCCACCAACCAACGAAUCUACUUUGAUCUGGACCGGUCUGGCAGGUACCUCCUCAGUGGGGACACAGAAGGAGUGGUGUCCGUCUGGGACAGUCGGACGGCGCCCCCUGAUGGUAACGAAGAGCUGCUGCAGCCCGAGCUGAGAUUCCAGGCCCACUGGGACUGCACCAACGGGGUCAGUGUUCAUCCCUUCAUGCCCCUGGUGGCGACGUCCAGCGGUCAGCGUCAGUUCCCGUGGCCCGGUGACAGCGAUGGCGACUCUGCCUCAGAAGCCGAGGGAGACGGAGCUGUGACGCCGCAGCAGGAGAGCCGGCAAGACAACGCUCUGACCCUGUGGUGGGCUGGACCACUGGGGCCUCCUGCUGAGGAGAACCAGAACGCAGCGGUCGUGGAGGCCUGAAACCGUUCCGCUAGAGCACCAUCCCCUUUAGUUUACUUUGAGUUUAGCAUUAGAGCUUCAGUGGGUCAUUUCUAAACAGAGUUCUCCCAUUUUGGCUCUGAUAAUGGGAGUGGGGCCCAGUUUAGUUUUAGAUCCAUCCCGGAGAAAACUACGAGAAGCUCCCUCAUAAGUCUAGUUUACACAUUUGCUUUGGUUGAUUAAUCUGCUGCCUGAACCGUCUGAAUCUGCCGUAAACGCUUUUGUGUGUGUGUUGUGUAUCCAGUGUGUGUGUGUGUGUUGGCUGUAACGCUGCCCUGGAGACUCCGCUCUGCUAAAGUAACAAGAAGUGCCAUUUGUUCCCCAGCUUUGCUUGUGUAAACACAGGCUCUCCCGUUUUUUUUACCGGGUCUUUUUAAAGCAUUCGCGCCCACAGAUGUAUAUUUUUGUAAAGCCAGGAUGAGUUAGUGAAUGUUUCCUGUGAAAGCAGCGAGCUUAAACGCUGCUACGUGAUGUGUGUGUUGUUUUUUCUACUGUUUGUAUUGUGCGACUGGUGAUGGAGCAACAAGACUGAUGAUGUCUAGAGAACUAUGUUGCCAGUAGGUGGGGUGGCUUUGCUUUGGAGCAUCCGACACAAACCUUUUAUUUUAAUGUACUUAGAAACUAAAACUUUUCCAAAAGCCUCAGCAAUCGUUGGAACUCAUAUUGGUUGCCAAGUGAUAUAAUGUCCCAUAAGGGUGAUCUACGCUCCAACAGGAAGUGUUUAGAACCAAGAAAGCAUCAAAUAAGUCUUCAGGUAGACAUCUCUGUCUGCAGCAGGUGACUUUUAUCCACGUUGGAGUGAAUUAAAAUCAAAUAUUACAACAUUUA